AUGAUUCGCCUCACCGCCACCGCACUUCUAGUGCUCAUCGUGGCCGCUUACGGUCAGGAUGCUGCUCCAGGAGCCGGAGCUGGAGCUGUUCAGGCUGCUCACAACCCAAAGGAUUGCCAAUCAAUCCUUGCCAACAACGGCGACCAACAAGAGGCACUGUUGUGCCAGCUGAGCGAGAGCAGCAUGCUGCUCGCUCAACUUGGAGCUCUGGUCUCGGAAGGUGUCGAGCGUUUGGUGCAAACCCAUGGAUUGGCUCUUGAAGAGGAGACAAACGAGAGUGAUGGGGAUAUGGAGAAGCGCAAGCACGAGUACCUUCGUUUCGGCAAAAGAAAGCACGAGUACUUGCGAUUCGGAAAGAGGAAGCACGAGUACCUCAGAUUCGGAAAGAGAAAGCACGAGUACUUGCGUUUCGGACGCAAGUAA